AUGGCUUUAGACCCUGAUCAUCACUUCUCGGCGGUCCACUUUUGGUUGACUGCUUCCCAGAACUGCUCGGACUGUAUGCUCGACGUGAUGCAAAUCCAGCUGAACUCCCCCUUUGGGUAUGACGAGGACUUUGAAAUUGAUUUCAAGUCCGCUACCUCAAGUUGCUCGGCCACCGGAUACACUUUCACGUCACCGGCAACCUACGCGCUGAGCUCCUCAACUGCAGCCCCUUCUAGUAGUGCCAGCUCUGGACCGGCUUGCUCCAACCCAUAUAAAAUGCAGGAUGAUGACACUUGUGCUUCUAUUGCACUGGCACAGAAUGUUUCUACUGAAGGAAUUCUAAACAGCGGCGGUAUAAGUUCAUCGUGCUCCAACCUUUAUGCUGUUGGCUCGCUUUGUCUACCUCCCCCUUGCGUCUUGUACCAGGUACAAGUUGACGACACUUGCGAGAGUAUCCUGGAAGCCUACCCAGACAUUACUGGGUCUCAGUUCCUUGCCUGGAACCCCAACGUUAAUCGGAUCUGCGGCAACUUGAUGUAUUUUACAGACACGUAUAUCUGCGUUGGUCCCCCAGGCGGUUCCCUGGACCCGGUGGCUAGCUCAACACCAGUAUCUAGCUCCACACCGCUGGAAACACCAAGUAGCAGGGCUACAACCCCUGCGCUCAAGCCCAGCAAUGCCCCUCCCCUAUCGACGUCGCGAUGUGGGAAAUGGUAUGUUGUCAAGCAAGAAGAUAACUGCCAGAGCAUUUGA